ACCUCAAUAUUAUCUGGGCCCAUAUUCAAAUAUCCGAUGCGACCCGACCCGGUUCGCACCAGGGAGCACACAGACGGUGGGUUUACAGAAGGGAAGAAAGAGAAUGGAGGUGAUUGGAUGGCCUCACCAUCGUCUUCUCCGUCGUACCUGAAUUCAACCCGUGGCCUUCUCGCUUGCUUGGAUUUGAACGAGAAACACGCCGAGAGUAUGAAGGAGAUGGAGACUGAAUGGAUCAUGGAUGUUCCCGAUACACCUGAUCGGUUAGCUGCCAGACAAAGUAAUGGUGGACAUUUUGUUCAAACUGAGACUGAUUCAUCUUUAUCUAAUCGUUUAAGAAACCCUGAUUUCAUGACAGAAAAGGGGAUGAAUGGCAUGAAGGGCCUGGGGGUGCUUGUCAGUGAAAAUGUGGAUGAGUUGAGAUUAGAUAGUAGUUCCAAAAAUAUUCCUGGUGAGAAUUUCAAGGGUCAUAGAAACACCAUUGUUCUUUCACCGGGAGAUGAUUCAGCAUUGAAAAAUAAUCUGUUACUUAGAAAAGGUGGAAGGGAAAAAUAUUCAUAUCAGGGGCCGAAACGUUUUAUUUGCCCUCGUCGCUUGGAUAAAGGGAUAACUAUAUCUGUUGACUCUCCUUCCAAACCACCACCUUGUCAAGAAAAUCCUCAAACGUUUAAUCGUAAUGUGUCUAAGGACUGUAAGAUUGAAAACACAUCAAAUGAACAGUCUGCACGUUACAUACCAAUUUCUCCAAAGAAACCCAACAUGAACAUUAAAGGGAAGGAAAAGGUUGUUGAGGAAUCAUUCCAAGAUGUUGGUUUAUCCAUGAUUCAUAGAAAGGGAGUUGAAAAAUCCAAUAACACUAAUACUCGACAUGAGAAGCAAGUUUUGGGUCAUCGUCAGUUUGCUAGCUCCCCUAGAGCUACUGGGCACAAGAGGUUGGUACGGAAUGGUUGUAUCUCACCUCAUAAUGUUACAAUAAGAGCAAAGAAUUUAUCUGAGCAGUGUGAAAAGAGUUCUAGAGCUGUUGAUGAGAACAAUUUGAGGAACAUGCCAUCAAACAGUCCAUCUUGUCCGAUAGAUAUAAAUGAUAUAGUUGCUGAAGACAAUCGUAGUAGCAAAGAUAAGGGAAAGGGGAUUAUGCGUCAGCCUUCUGUAUCACAUGAUAAUGAUUAUGUCAGAGUUAUUUCUGCUUCUAGCAGUGACACGGAAAAGGCUGUUGGAGCUAAUCCAGCCCGAACGUCCAGAUUAGGUACAUCUGAAUGUUUUGAAGAAGUAGGUGUUUGGAGAAGAACACAUAAUCAUUCAAGGAAAGGGAUUGCCUUGUCUAAUCCAUCUGGGAGUUCUUUUAAGAAGAUAGAUAACGUUGGAAGGUUUUCUAAUGGAAAAACUGAAAUUUUCAUGGAGAGACAAAUCCCUAGUGGGCAAGAACAUGUAGCAGAAACUGAUUGUGCAGGAAAUGGUGAUACAUCUCAAAGGGCUUCCAGCAUUGUACCCAAAAUAGAACAAACUAUUGUACCGAUGCAUGUUGAAAGCAAACUAAACAAAAAACAAAGGAAACAUGGAUCAACUUCACAAAUUAAUACUUCAUGCCCCAUUCCAGAUGUCGUGUACCUUGGUACGUCUGAGGAGUCUUCAAACUCAAGGUCAACUAGACUCCAGAGUCGAAGAAUUCGUGAUAGUUUGAAUGAAGUUAUUGAGGUUGAUGAGUUGUCACCUGAAAUGAGACACCCUGUCUCCCAGAAUGUUGGCAGCUUAAAUGAUAACACCUCAGAUGCUAGGGCAAGACAACUUGAAGCUGAUGAGAUGUUGGCUCGUGAACUUCAGGAGCAACUAUAUCAGGAGAUCCCUAUUGGAGGAGAAGAGAUUGAUGAACAUUUAGCUAUGGCACUGCAGCAGGUGGAGCAUGGACAUUUUGCACCCUCCCGCCAGACUUACAGUAGUCAGAGGGGCUCACUGGUAGCACAGGCGAAUAGACGAACUCGAUCUCAAUCUUCACAAAACUCUUCUAAUAUAACACGGACUCGAGUAACCCACUCUACACGUAUGGCACAGAUGAGGAAUCAAUUUUUUGGUGGCUCUCAUAGAGUGUCAACUAGACAAAGGAAUGUUAAUUUUCCUGUGCAUAUGGAUUUGGAUAUGAGACUUGAUAUAUUGGAAGCUCUGGAGGCUGCGGUUGGAGAAAUGGAAGAUGCAAGAAUGAAUAGGGACAUCUUGCACAGCCGGCGUGAUUUCAACGAGAACGAUUAUGAAAUGCUGCUAUCCCUUGACGAGAACAAUCACCGCCAUGCUGGUGCAUCGACUAACCGGAUUAAUAGUUUGCCACAAUCUACAGUACAGACUGACAGCAUGGAAGACCCUUGUGCUAUUUGUCUCGAUACGCCAGCCAUCGGAGAUGUCAUUCGCCAUCUACCUUGCUUACACAAAUUUCAUAAAGAUUGUAUUGAUCCAUGGCUACAGAGGCGAACGUCAUGCCCGGUUUGUAAGUCGUCAAUCACCUGAUAUUAACGGCGAUUUCAGGCCUAUUACAAAUCAGCACACACACUCAUACUCUUUUGUGGAACCAAGCCUGUUAGAAUAUUUUGUGCUUGAACUCUCGGUCGGAAGCGUAAGACUUCAAAGGUGCAAUUCUCCAUUGGGGAACGAAGAAAGCUUCCCAGCCUGAGCCUGAAUGAGGAGUGGGCAUGGUGAAGAUUCAUAGUAUGUAUUGACAGGUUCUUAUACUUUAUAAGUUAAGGCAUUGCCAUUGAGCAGGAAAAGCUAAUUAUUAUACCAAACCUGUGAAAUAUAUUGGUGGCCAUAUAGUUUAGUUGCUUGGGCUGCACAAAAUUUAACAGGAAGACUAUGCAUAGUGCAAUUAACCAUUCAUGUAAAACUGCAACUUUUACCAUCAUCUCCCUAGUAAACUUUAUUCGGAAUGAAUGUACUACCAUGGUUUAUAUC